AUGAAACCAAUAAUAUUGAUAGUUUUAUUAUAUAUAGUUUGUAUAAUAAAUAUAAAUAUAGUAAAUGCAGAUUUCUUUAGUGAUUUUUGGAAGCCUGUAUUCACAAAUGCCCCAAAAUUUUCAAGUUCAAAAUUAUAUUCAAUAGAUGAUAUUGGCUUUAGUGGUUAUAAUGGUACAGUUAUGGCAUUUGGUGAUUUUAAUGCUGAUAAAUAUUUAGAUACUUUUUUUUUAUAUGAGAAUAAAUCAACAUUACAGGUAUUUUUAUGGAAUGUUGAAAGUUGGAAAUAUGACGCAUCAGAUAUAAUAGUUCAUUUAGGUGAAGGAAAUAGAAUUAAUAAUGUUGUAGGUGGUGAUUUUACAUAUGAUGGAUCAUUGGAUAUUUUAAUACAAUAUAGAGUAGCCAAUACGACUGAGAAUGGCACAAUCGUUGGAUAUAGUGAAGAGAAUUACAUGAGUUUAUGUCAAGGUCAUUAUACGAGUAUAGACGAACCAAUUUCAAUCUAUGGUGGUAACGCUAACAAUAGAGUGGUACCAACCGACCAGGUUUUAGUAUUUGAUGCAAAUGGUGAUUUACAUUUGGACAUGUUUGGAAUCAGUGCUAGUACUGGUGAGAGAACGCUAUGGAUAAACAAUGAUGGUAGUGAUGAUGAUGCUUUAUUCUACUCCAUGAAUGCACCACAAAUCAACCCAAAUCAAUUAGGUGCUCAAAUAUCUUCACCACAUAGUAACUCUUUUAUAGAUUUAAAUGGUGAUUGUUUAGCUGAUCUCUUUAUCACUUCAAAAUCAUUAGAUGAUGAUGAUUCUAUAAUUGGUGAAAUUUGGAUUAAUAAUAAAGAUUUAGGUUAUAGUUUAGUUACAACUUUAAAUUUUCCACCUGGUACUGGUCAAAUUACUUUUGCUGAUUUUGAUAAUGAUGGAGAUUUAGAUAUGAUUUAUCCAGUUUUAAAUACAAUUAAUCAAACAACAUUUAUAAAUGAAAUUUAUAUUGUAUCAAAUACACAAAAACCAGUUUGUUCAAGUUCAUUAUUUAGUAGUGCAUCUUGUAUACCACAAAAUGCAUUAUGUUCAACUGAUGGUACUUUUAGUUUUUCAAAUACAUUAAAUGAUACAGAUGGUGUUACAAUUGUAUUAUCAAAUGAUCAAUUUAAUGGUAGUAUAUUUUAUAGUGAUUUUGAAAAUGGUAUACCAUUAAUUAUACAUUCAGGUGAUUAUAAUAUUGAUGGAUUUCCAGAUAUUUUAAUAUCAUUAAUUGAUCCAUUAAAUUUAGAAGCAGGACCACAUGUUGAAUUAUGGGAAAAUGUUGAAUGUUCACCAAAUGUUUGUAGUAAUGGACAGAAUGGACGUUCAUUUUCAAAGGUAAUCGAUGGAACUGAUGCAUUGACAAUGGUACCAAAUGCACAUAGUGCUGUAUUUGUUGAUUUUGGUGAGAAUGGUAUCGCUGAUAUUUUAGUAUUAUCAAGAGAUGUUAAUGGUAGUGAAUCGGUGACUGCAGUUUUCAAUAAUUUCUAUAACGAUGCUUUCUUUUUCAAAACUUUGGGAUUGAAUGGUGUUUGCACUACAAUGUGUCCAACUGGUGAUAAAUUCCCUUCUCCAAAACCUUAUGGUGUAAAUUUCCCUGGUGGCACUUUUAAAUUCACUUAUACCGAUUUAUCUGGUAAUACUCAUAUUCAAAUUGGUGCACAAAUGUAUUCUAGUAGUUAUAUGUCAUUGCAAACACCUUAUAAUCUAUUUGGGUUGGGUAGAACUAGUAAUUAUGUUGAUCAAUUAUUCUUUGGUAUGCCAUUGAAUCAAUCUGUACAUUUCAAUAAUUGGGUUGGCACAAUUCCAAACUCUCAAGUCGUAGCAAUUCCAUACAAACCAUCAAAUCCAACGGGUUGGACUUUAGAAUUAUACAUUAACCCUUCUGGUAUUUUCUUUUGGGUUUUAAUCGCUUUCUUUGCUGCUAUCAUUUUAUUAUCAGCAAUAAGUUUCGGUUUAUAUAGACGUGAAAAACAACAAGAUAUUAAAAUGAAACAAGAUCAAGGUCAUCAAUUUUAUUUUAAUGCUCUUUAA